GUCUUGUUUGUGUGAAAAACAAAAGAAACGAAACGGUCCUAGAACUAGGAAUACUAGAAGAGCGAUUAAAGGUUAACAGGUCGAGUUGAGCCCCAUCUUCUUUCGUUCAUUUGUGCCUCUGGAGUUUCACCUUUUUCCGCAGCAAACCCUAGCUCGCGAGCUCGAUUUAUGUUCAUUCCACCGGCAAAUACUAGGGUCUGAGGACUUGUGUUUACACGAAGGAAGGCGAGCACCGGGGUCUGCUCGAACCAUCUGUCCUUCAGCUCCGAUGACUGGCGCUUGGACAAAUAUGAGCUUUGCAGUCAUACAUAGGGAUGUAGAAAGGGAAUGGGAGAAAUCUGGUUGGAGUUGUGGGUAUUUAUUUUUUAUUGGAGGUUUUGCUCACUCUCAGAAGAUCUAUACAUCUGCAAAAUUUUGAGAGAGGAUGAGGAGACCAAAUUUUAUUUCAAAAUUUUAAUAGCUGUGGAGCAUCUUGGAGCAUAUGAGCAAUGGAGCUUGUGGAGCACCGCUCACCUGGAGGAUUGCUCUCUUGUGAAACUUGUUCACUGGACUAUCUCCGAGAAAAAAAAUGAGCGGUCGUUUUAGUCGCACAAUCUACGUUGGCAACCUGCCCUCAGAUAUAAGAGAAAAGGAAGUUGAAGAUCUGUUUUACAAGUAUGGACGUAUAUUGGACAUUGAACUGAAAAUUCCACCUCGCCCUCCUUGUUACUGUUUUGUGGAGUUUGAGAGUCAUCGGGAUGCAGAAGAUGCAAUCAGGGGUCGUGAUGGCCAUAACUUUGAUGGUUGUCGUCUAAGGGUUGAGCUUGCUCAUGGUGGCCGGGGGCAAUUAUCUUCCAGUGAUCGUCGUGGUGGCUAUGGAGGCAGCGGCGGCGGCGGCGGCGGCAGCAAUGGUCGCUUCGGCAUUUCACGGCAUUCUGAAUUUCGAGUUAUUGUUCGUGGGCUCCCGUCUUCUGCUUCUUGGCAAGAUUUGAAGGACCACAUGCGAAAAGCUGGUGAUGUAUGUUUUGCUGAAGUUUCCCGAGACAGUGAUGGAACUUUUGGUCUGGUUGAUUAUACUAAUUAUGAAGACAUGAAAUAUGCUAUUCGGAAACUUAAUGACACUGAAUUUCGAAAUCCUUGGGCGAGGACUUAUAUUCGGGUAAAGAGGAAUGAAAGCAGCCCAUCAAGGAGCAGAAGUAGGAGUCGUAGUAGAAGCAGGAGUUUAAGAAGGCAUAGGAGCAAAUCAUUGGAACAAUCUGUUUCCAGAUCAGCUUCAAAAUCUAGAUCUGCAACUCCUGUUAAAUUUUCUAGACCGAGAUCAAGGUCACGGUCAGGAUCUCCUCGCCAGGUGAGAUCUGAUAGUGGUUGAUUUCCUUGUCCGUGUAUGAACUCAUUUGAGCUUGCUUGGAUGGAAAAUAUGAAGCAGUUAAGGGAACAAUAUUUUGGCAAUUUGAGUGGAACUGAGAAUUGUCAUUUGAGCCCAAAAAAGGGUGGAAAACUGGGAGAUGUAUGUAGCUGUGUACCUGUGUUAAGUGGAUUUUAGUAAAUUACAACAUCCAACAUAUUUGUUGUUUUCUGCUGCAUAUUGCUUUUUUAUUUUUCGUUCUUUGGAAAUCUUUGUGGAUUGAUUUCAAGAACUAUUCUGAAGCACCGUGUCAAUGUUUCUUCUUGUUGAAGUAGCAUAUAAUAGAGUAUUUUGAAGGGCCCUAA